GUUCCGAAUGCUCCGUACCUGCCUCCCAUCGUGUCUCCCGUACGGAAUAGAAGCCCUUAUGAGGAGCUGGUGCCAGAAAUGGCCAGCUGGUUUGAGAAGGGCCGUCCGGGUCUCCUCGACGCUCUCACUGCUGUUUGUGACCAGAUCGACAUAGAUUUGCGGGCCGAACUUCAGGAUCGAAACCGUAUGCACGAAGAAACAAAGUCCGAGCUAGAGACCCUGCGGUGUCGCGUUGCGGAAUUAGAGAAAGUAGAAUCGGAGAAUCGGACCCUGCGCGAACAGCUCUCCCAGCUUCAGAAGAACGAUAUCGAGCCGGACCAGGCUGCGGUCGCCGCCUGUAUUGCCCCGGCUUUGGCAACAUUGCCAAAUGAAGACGUUUGGAACAAUUUGCUCCGGAAGAGUCACGUGCUGCAGAGGAAAUAUGAUAAGCUAAAUUCGAACUACAAAAGUCUCAGGGCCGCCUACAACGAAAAGAAAGAGACCCUGGAAUUGUUUCAACGUUGCACCCAAUGCCUCCAGGAAGCCUCCCGAUCAGCAAAGCGUCCGCAUGACCAGCAUCCUGGGCCGGGUCCCGCCGACGACGCGUACACCGACGACCCUCGCCCUGUCCAUCCGUCGAAAAGGCGCUCAAGGGCCUCCAGUGAAACAUAUUUGGGGGAUCCUGCACGCGACGGGACAGCACAUUUAAGUUUUUCUUCGGAUCCUGGACCUUGUUCCCAUCCCGAGGGCGAGGUUCCCACCUCGGUGCCCCGAAUUCCCGAAUCGCCCGCCGGACGAGGCUUCGGUCCUGCUGUGACUCCGGCCAUCCGUAAGGAGGAUGCUGGAAACAACGACGACAUGGAAUCGACAGAAGACGACGCGACGGAUGCUGCGGAUGAUGAUGACGUCGGCCUUCCCCCUCUGCCCGGGGCUGCUGCGGACGUACCUUCUGCCAUUGCUAUCAAGCCUGAGCCGUCUUCUGACGGGCUGGUCAUCGUUGACGAACGCUCUGUCCGUAAAAGGAGAGCGCCAGAUCACACGAACCAGCCGCCCCCCAGGAAAAUCAAAAUCGAAGCGAGCAGUUCAGAUAGCGACCUGGGAUUCAAGCAGAUUGGUCUCGUGCCUCACGACAGCAUAGAUCUUGAUGAAACUGGACAGGUACUCAACACGCCGAGGAAGAAUAGGUUGCUGGACGACGCGCUCGCAAACGUCCAUGAAUCAGCUCCUCUGCGACUCUGGCCGGCAGCCAAGGUGCUGAUCAGACCAGAUUUGACGAAUCAGCCUGGAACGAGGCCCAUCGUGGCGUCAUCAGUCUUGGCGCCCAUUAGCUCGAACAUCCGAAAUCUCGAGUCGUCGACUAGAAAACCAGCGAGCAAGCCUCUCAAGAAGGGUCUUGACGAAGGAAUAGAAUCCUUGGCUGAGGACGGUGGUCCAUAUCGGCAGAGACCAAUCCGCGGUCCUUCGAUCCAGAGCCCUGCGGAAAAUAGUCGUCUCGACAAACUCCUCAACACGCCGGCCACGAGAGAAGGGCCCACGAGUGUACGUUCCGCGCCCCCCACGCGAAGUAUAUCCCGGUCUCUUCUUCCCGGCCUUGGGCCGCCUCAGCGUAGGAAGUUGCCUUUUGGGGAAGACAAGCGUGGCAGGUCGAAAGACAGCUCACCGAGCCGCGCCGAGAAAGGUAGCGAGGUUGGAGGGCUGGAAACCGCACCGGAAAGGAAACCUCUAAGGCCAGCCAACGAGCAGGCCGAGCGUUCCCGGCCAGGUGCGCUCCGGUCGAAAUCACCGUCAAGACUGCGGUUGGAUGAUUUCAAGAUCAACCCGAAGUACAACAGCGGGUUCGACUACGCCUUUUCCGAGGUUGUGCGAGGCAAAGAUGACCGAGCUUGCCUUCCCGGCUGUGUGGAUAUGAACUGCUGCGGGAAGAAGUUCCGUGCACUGGCCAAGGCGCAGCGCUCUAAUACCGAGAAGAACACUUCAGAGGACAUGAAGCUGUUCGAGGAGUAUCUAGGGGACAGCAUAAGCAGGGUGCUGGGCAUGUCCCCGGCAGAGAAGGAAGAGCUUUGGCUUGAGGCCAAGACGUGGAAGCUAGCUAAUCAGCUAGGGAAGCAUCGCCACCACUAUUCUCGGAGACCAACCCCGCCUGGGUUUUGGGACCCCGAAUUUCCGGACACUCAAGCAAUUGCCGCGGAGAAGGCAGAGGCAGAGAAGCGGGGAAAACAGGUGAUACAAGAGAGGUACAGAGAAGCCAUGAGACCAGGAGGUCGUUGGGUGUUCAAGGAUGAGUGAUAGAUCCGCUGGAGCGUUGUUCAAGUGUCAGCCUACUAAGCGUCGAAGUCAUAUUUUAAUUUUGCGGACUUCGAUUGGCCUGUGGGAUAAUUAGUAAACGGAUAGUCCUGAGCGGUUGUUAGAUGGCGUUAGGGAGGGACUGCUGCGUGGUUUUAAAGCCGACCAGCCGUUGGGACCCUUGGGACUAUAGGCGUUAUCAUGGGCCUGAAGAUUCUUGUGGGAUAUUCACCUCUUUGUCAGCAAAAAAAAAAAUCAAUCAUACGGACACAUGUACGAAGUAUGAGGCUCGCAAUUUCGACGAUGUUCGAUACCUAUCGGUCCAGUUUGCGAUGGUUCCUCACCGAGGGUUUGACAGACAGAAUGCGCC